AUGAAGGGGUGUAUUGUGGAGCGAUUAGGUGCAUGUGUCGGGGGUGAUCGAGUUAGGACCGGAAGCUCGGUUCAUCCAGAGUCCGGCGAAACGGGACGACGAAGGGGUAUCGGACUCCGCGGGCGGGGGGCAGAGGGUCCCUUGUUGGCCCCUGGCUUGUGUAUUGAUACCUCUUUGGAGGAGGACGAUGAUGCUACUGCUACGCCACUGCCACCGACGAGCAAAAAGCAAGCGGAGAUGUUCAGUCUCGAUGAUACUGGUGGGCAUCUUCGACUGUCGCGAUUGAGCAAGGAAGGGCUUGACGCUACUGUUAUAGUCGCCGAGAAGGACAUGAGCUGGCUCGGGGAGUCUCCCACCGACACCGAGAACAGCGACUGUGAUGAGGCCCAGGCGGUUGCUAGGGCAAGGAGCCCUACAGGGCGCCACUUCCACGUUUGGGAGGUGGUGGGUAAGACUGCCAAAAGGGGCGGCGACAGACCGAGGCCAGAGGCGAGGAAGGAGAGGAAAGGCCGCGUUGUACAGCAGUUCAGGAGGGCUGUAUACGAACAUCAACACGCUGAAGAGCUGGCUAAGAGGAAAGUGUUGAUGGAAAGUCUCUCCUCAUCUGCUGGGGUGAUAGAUGUGAUCAACUUGAAAAAAGGAGAAUCUGUGAAGUCUCGUUUGCCGACAAUGUUGCAGGGCGGCUGGGUACGUGGAAAGGCGCUCGGAUCGGGCACAGCAGCAACUGUGUACCUCGCCAAGAGAUCCGUCGAUGAUUUCCUAUUCGUCGCGAAAGAAGUUCCACUGCCCGGAAAGAAUCUGCUGUGGAGCGACCUGUCCCGUGAUAUGCGAAACGAGGCUAUUGUUCUCUCCAGAGCUCGCCACAUUGAAGGAGUUGUGGAGUUCUUUGGGUGCGAGAUUAUCGCCGACAAGUUUUACAUUUAUAUGGAGCACACUGGCGUCGUUGGCACCGUCAUCACCAUCAAAAAGGCUCCCAGAGAGACAGGCUGCGAGGCCCUGCAUCACGGGUCGGGAGGGCUGAUGGGAUCUCGGGAAGGGACGGUAUUGGCCCUCGAAGAUAGGGGUCAGCUUAUUACACCGAUCAUGCAUAGAGAUGUUAAAGGAAGCAACUGCUUGCUAUCAGCAGAUCGACGAACGGUGAAAUUAUGUGAUUUCGGCAGCUGUACUCGCCCUCGGCCGUUUAGUAUUGCCGGUACACCGCUGGCUGCGGGUGGAGAGAAACUCAACGCUUCGAUUGAUCUCACUGCUGACAUACCACCGGACUGUUGUGCGAUAGUCAUUGGCUUCGCUCCGCUAGAGUCUACAUUCACGAGAGAGGGAGAGGCUGAGGGACAGAGCGGUGUUGUUAUGGAGUCGUCGUUGUCAACGUCGGAAGUGUUGCAAACGAAUUCAGCGGAGCGAAGAUAUGCUGACCCGCAAUUCUUCUUUAAGUCCAUGAAGGGGACUCUGCUGUGGAUGGCACCAGAGACCUUGGGAGGCAGCGAAUACUCGGCAAAGGUUGACGUAUGGUCAAUUGGUUGCCUGCUCAUCGAGAUGGUAUGUGGUCGAGACCCUUGGAAGGAGUUUGAUAACGAGAUGCAGAAUAGGUCUACAUUACCACCGCUAACUAACAGAAGGGUGAGCUCAAGCCGCAACGAGAGUUCUGAGGAGAAUUCACUACAAACGACUACAUCGUCGCGUUGGGUGUCUACGUGUGGGUGGAAGUGGAUGGACAGCUGGGGAGAAAAUAUGCGAGAUUGUACCAUGCGAGUGUUGGAGAUCUACACUAAGCAAUGCCAUCGUGACGGGCAUUCGGAAGAGGCAUGGGAAGCGGCAGAGCAUUUACGGCAGUUGAAGAGAGAGCAAGCGAAAGUUAGAUGGGAGGAGACGGAGCGACGCCACGCUGAAGAACUGAGGGCUCUCGAGGAGGAGCUACGACAGGAAAAGGAAGAAUGCUAUCACCAGUGGCAAGAGAUCAGGUUGCCUCAGCUCGAGAACAGCAUUGAGGGGAUCAGAGUGGCGCUGGCUGAGAGGCAGGAUUUGGCGGAGGAGCGGUACGUACAGAAAUUAAGAAAAGGGAGAGAUCGAUUUAUUGUCCCUAAGAGAAUUCUGGACCUGACAUCGAGAGCUAGGUUCUUCGCAUUGCACGGCGAAGAUGAAAAGGCGUGUGAGGUGAUGGCUGUGGUGGAGAAGGAGGAGGUGGAGUGUAUAGGGAGGCAGGAGGACUUGAGGAGAAGGAGGCUGGCGAAGUUAACGACUGAGUUUGUGGACCGCCAAAAGGAAGAACGUGUUGCUGUUGAGAAGAGCGUCGAGGGGAUGCGGAGAAAAGUGAUGGAGGAAAAACGGAGGGAAUUGGCAGCUCUCCAGAGACGGGCUGAGCGACGACUAGCAGCGUUGCAUAAAAAGCAGAAGAAGGAACUCUCUAGGUUGAGGAAACAAAAGAUAUAUUCCAACAGUAGAUGA